AAAUAUUGUUAGAGGAAGACGUCUCGUCGUAGAGCUCUAUUCCGUCAAUUAAUAGUUUCGGCCGCAAAUGCAAGUGCAAAUCACCAACUACCAAACGUUGGUAUGCGUAGUGCAUGCUAAAUUUAUAGUAAAAACAAUAAGUGUCUCAGCGCGUUAAGAAAAAACGAAAGGAACACUCCAACCAGUCUAAAGAUAACGCGCGUCUGUUGGAACCGUAUAAAAAUCGAUUCGAAUUUGUUAAAUUUCAGCAGGGCGCAUGACAAUUUAGCGGCUUGUAUGUCAUUAUUACUAUGAAAUUGGAUGAAAUUGUCGCAUGGUACCAGAAACGAAUCGGCACCUAUGAUAAACAAGAAUGGGAGAAAACAGUCGAGCAGCGCAUUUUGGAUGGCUUCAAUAGCAUCAAUUUGAAGAACACCAAACUCAAGACAGAACUCAUCGAUGUAGAUCUGGUGCGAGGCUCCACAUUUCCCAAAGCAAAACCAAAACAAACUCUGCUCACUGUCAUACGUUUGGCUAUUCUGCGCUACCUUUUGCUGCCCCUCUACGCACAAUGGUGGGUCAAGCAGACGACUCCCAAUGCCUUUGGCUUUAUACUCUGCCUGUACGUCACACAACUGAUCAAUUGGGCCAUAUACAUCAUGCACAGCAAUCGCCUGGCGCCGCUGGUCUACGAUCGGGAAACAAAUACAACUGUUGUCGAUGAUGUGGCCACGGCUGCCGUCGAUGAUAAGCAGCAUUCGGAGGAGAGUGCCGAUCUGCUUAGUGCGCUGCUAAUACCCUGUGCGCUGAGCUUGUUGAUUAGUUUAAUACACUCGCAGAUUGUGGCAACAAAUACGUCGCCGAGCGGCAGCAACAAGAACAAAUUGCGUCGCUUUUCCAUGUGCGCUUUUGGCGAGAAACAGAAUGCGCCCAGAGAGCAGCGAUUGCGGCGACGCAAAAAGUUUGUUCGCCUGCGCCAAGCCGAAACGGAUAUUUCUCAGCCCAGCAGCAAUCAUUCAUUGAGCGCGCGACGGAGCAAACUGACUCCCCUGAACACCGAAGCCAACUCAGAGUUAAUGCCCUGCAAUUGCAGCCCUUUGCCCAGCGAGGAGACCUUCCCAACCACAACUGCCAUAACCAUACAUCAUCAUCAAGCGGCUGCAGCGGAUAGCACAACGGUCAGCGAGCCGCUGUACGAUCUCAGACAGGUGGCAAAUGCUGCACCUGACAGUCCGCAUAAAAAGCGCAAUGUCAAUUGGCAUACGCCCAUCCAAAUCUAUGCCACAUUCGAUCAGAACGAGCUGCCCUCGUCCAGUAUUGAGCUGAGCAACGGACCAGCGUCGAGUGGCGCAUGCUUGGAUCCCAACUACAGAGCACGUCGCAGUAUUGGCGAAGACGAUGGCUUCGAGAGCCUGAACAAUAAAAGCUCCAGUGGCGAGGAUAACAAUCAUUCUCCCAAUGUUACCAAUGUUGGUAGUGCCAGCACCACAACCACUGUCAUCUCACCGCCCCCUACACAUCUGCGCCUGCGCCUAAAUGUGGGCGGCAGCAACCAGACCAACGGCGGCGGAAGCACCAAUGCGCCGUCAACUGAAAAAAUUACACAUGAAUCCACGAGCAGCUGUGCAGAGUCCGAUGAAUGUGACGAUGCGGAUAUUAUAUCCAGUCCCGCAUCGGCUGGCACACAAGAAUGCAAUACAUCAGCCACCGAUUGGCUGGGCGUGACCACCAACAGUGAGGAUUGCAGCUAUACAUCCGAGUUGGAUCAAUCGGAUGGCGGCUAUAAGCAUCAGCCAUGCAGCGACGAGGAGAUCCCCGACCUGGACAUAACACCCACAACCAUACUCAAUCCGCACAGCAGCAUGGAUCGCAUUAGCUGCACCAUUUGGGAUCAACGCGAUGCGAAAAAGGCGCAAAUGUCUGUGCUGGAGAUAGCCUCCUGUAUUAUUGAGCGCGUCGAUUCGCUGGGCGUGACCAAUGAUUACAUCUACAUAGGCGUCUUUUUCUCAUUCCUACUGACGCUGAUACCCACGUUCUGUCGGCUAUGCGAGAUCACAAUUGAUGCGGAUAAGGCCAGCGAGAUAAGCUAUUUCUAUAUGCCGCAGCUGUUGUGGGAGAAGUCAUCGUCCUCGUUUUUUACACUCUUGGGCUUUGCGUUUGGCGAGGCGCAAUGGGAGCGAACCGUGUUGGCGUUGGGCUUUGUGCAGCGCCUGUGCCUGACACUUAUAUUGUUUAUGAUAUUUGCUGUGGCGGAGCGCACCUUUAAGCAGCGUUUUUUGUAUGCCAAGCUAUUUUCACAUCUGACUUCCUCACGUCGCGCCCGCAAGUCGAAUCUGCCCCACUUUCGGCUCAACAAGGUGCGCAACAUCAAGACCUGGCUGAGCGUGCGCUCCUACUUAAAGAAACGGGGUCCGCAGCGUUCGGUGGAUAUCAUUGUAUCGGCCGCAUUUAUAGUCACCCUGCUGCUGCUGGCCUUUCUCAGCGUUGAGUGGCUCAAGGAUUCGGUGAAUUUGCACACACAUUUGACACUGGAGGCGCUCAUUUGGUCCAUUACCAUUGGCAUCUAUUUGCUGCGCUUCAUGACCCUCGGUCAGAAGAUACAGCAUAAAUAUCGAAGCGUAUCGGUGCUGAUCACCGAGCAAAUCAAUUUGUAUUUGCAAAUCGAACAAAAACCUAAGAAGAAGGAGGAAUUAAUGGUCUCAAAUAGUGUGCUAAAAUUGGCCGCUGAUCUAUUAAAGGAGCUCGAAACGCCAUUCAAGAUCUCAGGCCUCAGUGCCAAUCCAUAUCUUUUCACAACCAUCAAGGUGGUCAUCCUAUCGGCGCUAUCGGGCGUGCUAAGCGAGGUGCUGGGCUUUAAAUUGAAGCUACACAAAAUUAAAAUUAAGUAAGCCAAAAAAAAAAAAAAACAAUAGUAAUCCAAUAAAAAUAUCACACACGGAAGUACAGAAUAGAGCGGAUGCGACGGCCCGGGCGUAUGUUAUAUUUUUGUAGUACAAUUUUUUGGAAAAAAUCUACAAUAUCUAAAUUAACUACAUAUAGAUUAUAUAUACACACAUACAUUAUAUUUUAAAGAAAACAUUUUCAAUAGCUAAUAAAUUAAGUAAGCGAAUGUUUAUGUUUUGUCAUGUGAUUGUUUAGCAGCGUUAACUACUUAACUUAUUAUUAUAUUACAACUAUUAGUGGUGUUUUAACAGAUAUCCUAUUUAUAUAUAUAUAUAUGUUAACAUGAACGUAUCUGAUAGACAUUAGAGCGCCGUGCACAAUCACGUUUAACAUGUUCGCAGAACCUUUUAGCAUAGCAACUUAUCUAUACCUAUAUAUACCAUCUAUUAAUGAAAUAUUAAUGAAUGUAUGUCGUUUUCCUAAUUGUUGUAUGAGAAAAAUGCGUUAUCACAAGUUCAAUUCAAAAAUUAAUAACUAAAAUAGUGCGUU